UGGGAGGGGCGAGCACGUCUGCGCAAGCUGAGCCUGGUUGAAGCAAUCCGAAUAGAGGCCAUAUUGGAAUCUAUGAAGUCAGUUUGCACUUUGGUGGGACUGAGUGUCUGUCGUUUUGGGAGUUUCUAAAUCGCUAUCCUGGAUUCACACUUGAGUGAGAGGUCCAGGCAUUCCAUUUGAGACCCCGCCAAACCAGAACGGGAAGUUGUCUCGCCGAUUUUCGUGGAGAAAAUGAGUCCAACCGAUGCUAAACGGGGGGCUAAACGCAGGAAGAACAAGCGGGGCGGUGGCAGUAGCUGCAGUGCCGUCCUCAACGCCAGCAGCGGCAAGGCCGGGGUCGCCCCGGCCCUGGGCUGCGCAGGAACACCGACACCUGCCUCUGUCGUCAGCUUUUUAACAUCUGGGAGUACACUCAGCGGAAAUAUGGGCUCCGUGGCGACUGUAGACGGAGAGGUCAAAGUGAACAACAGCGUUACUCCACAGUUUACAGAAGGGCCUGUCAACGCAGACUUCUCCGGAAUCCUCCAGACUCCUUUCACGUUUGGCCUGAACCAGAGGGCACCGUACACAGCCGGCGAUCGCUGCCUCUUGUGCAGGUGUGAGCGUAAAGACUCUGUUGUGCCUUCGGAGCCAGGCGUCUUGGGCCAGAACGGCACAGCCCAGUUCUCCAACACGCCCAGCGCUCUCCAGCUGCCUUUGUGGGUGUGCACCGACUGUAGGCGAACCGUGGAGAAGGAGGACAGACGAAACACUCUGGAGCAGUCGCUAACUGGCCAGGACUUUCCUUUGCACAUGCCUGUGGGUAAUGGAAACUUGGGCCAGGAGGUGGGAGCUGUGGACAGACUGACCUCUGGUGCACCAACACUACCCAUGCUCCCCGCCUCGGACCUCAGCGCACAAAUGCCUUCUGACACCGCUUGUAGCUGUGAAGCCUGCAACGAGAGACGGGAAAUCUCAGUGGAGUCGGAGAGGGAGUCGCAGCAGCUGCAGAACCACUGGUCGGAAGUCCGAUAUCUGGUGCGCUGCAUCUACCGUCAGACGGGAACACCACUCGCAGAUGACCACGACCAGCCACUAGAGAGAGACAAAGAAGGCACGAAAGAACUCGUGGACAGACUGUGUUUAAAAGACCCAUAUCAGCUCUACCAGCGGUUGGAGCAGCAGGCUCGAGAGUAUGUCUUAGAGGUGAAGAUGAGGCUACUGAAGCACCUUUCCACAGGUUCUAAAUCUGCAGGACUGUCUGGGGCCAUGGUUGCAGCUCAGGGUCCUCAAGCCCACCAGUUCAUCUCACUGCUGCUAGAAGAAUACAACGCCCUUUGCCAAGCUGCACGAACCAUCAGCAGCUUCCUGCUCACCCUGGAGAAUGAGCAUCUCCAGAAAUUUCAGGUGACAUGGGAGCUGCACAACAAGCACCUUUUUGAGAAUCUAGUGUUUUCUGAACCAGUCUUACACAGCAGUUUACCCGCGCUCAUUGCACAGCUGAAACAUGGUACAGCCUCCCACGAUUCAUACAACGAAGACACGUAUCGGACCUUGUUAGACAACUACGACCAGCUGCAGCACGAGAUGUCCUCUGUGGUUGCAGAAUGGCAGGAAUGUGAAAAGCGGAUUGAUGAUUAUGUAGAUCAACAGCUGCUUUUCAAGGUGGACGGUCAGAGUGUCUCCAACCAAAGAACAGAGCCACACAAGUCUUUGAUCAGCAAAAAUACUUUGAAGUCAAAGCAGCGAAUAUUAAAGGAAGACUGGGAGUUCUUCAAGCAUCGGAGGUCUACAGAGGAGCAGUCACUCAACAGUAAGAGGCCAGCAGACAGUAACUUCACAGACACAAUGAGGAUGCUGUCAUCUCGUCUUAAUAUUCCAGACUGUCCUAACUGUAACUACAGGAGGAGGUGCACGUGUGAUGACUGCAGUCUCUCCCACAUCCUAACAUGUGGCAUCAUGGACUCUCCCAUAUCUGAAGAUCUGCACAUUAAGCUUCCCUUGAAAGGGGAGCCCCCCCGAAACUACCUGGCCGAGGUGCACCCCCCCAGCCUUUCCUCUGAAAGUUCAGCAUCAGGCUCCAACUCCAGCUCUCCCAUCACCAUCCAGCAGCAUCCGAGGCUCAUUCUGCCUGAAGGAGAUGCCAGCACUUUCAUUAGCGACGAUGACGAAGUGCCUCCAUUGUCUAGUAAGUUUGGGGACAUUUACCCCGUGGGCAGUUAUGAGGGUAACGGCAUGGUUACAGCUGCUGUGAACGGCCUUAAAACCAUCAACGGGGACGGCCAGAGCAUGGCGCUAAAGGCAGUGUCGCCACACAUUACCUGCAGCAGCAGCUCUUCAGAGGGUGACGAGGAGGAAACGAACUGUGAAGCUCGAGAGGAACCCCCAGGGCAGCAGGAAGAACAUUGCUCUGGAAAAACUGACAGCUCUCCUCUGUCUUACAACCAUCAACAGGUAGAAGAGAUACAGCAUGCCUGUGAGUGUCACGUGUGCAACCAGGACCCCAGCGCCUCCCCCCUGGGCUCUGCCUCAUGUUUGCCCCCCAGCAGACUCCAUGCAAUCCCUCCACCUGCCGUCGGACACCAAUUCUUUACAGAUGGCAAGACCGCGCCAGCACACCCCGCCCUCCACCUUUACCCACACAUUCACGGCCACAUGCCCUUGCACAACUUCUCCCGGCCCCUAAUUCACCCCACACUGUAUCCCCCCAGUCCACCUCUCACACACACUAAGCCUCUGCCUCCCAACCCUUCAUCAAAUCACGCAUCCAAGCAGCCCCCCUUCAGCACGUCGUUACCAGAGCACGUCUACCAGAACUGCUUCAGUGGCUCCGGCGGGACAGGCGACUGGAACAGCUCACUUCAGUGCCUGUCUCUCAAGUUUGAGAAUCUGUGGGAUGCUGCUGUGAUGAAGAGCUGGAAUCCAUCUACGCUGCUGCCCGAAUGUUUGCAAGGCGACAUGCUUGGGCAACCCCACACCGACGCACCCCUCCCCUCCACAUCAUGUGUUGGCCCCCAGGGAGAGCACCUCUCACUGCCCACGCCGUUACCCCCUUCUUCCUCAUCCUUUUCUUCGUCCCUCUCGUCCUCCUCCUCGUCAUCGUCCUCCUCGUCUUCGUCAUCGUCCUGCUCCUCUUCAGACGCCAAAGAGCCGAAGAAGACUGCCGCCAAGAAGAAGUGUCUCUACAAUUUCCAGGAUGCCUUCAUGGAAACCAACAGAGUAGUAAUGGCUACUUCUGCUGCCACGUCGUCCGUGUCCUGCACUGCCACCACUGUCCAGUCAAGUAAUAACCCACCCAUCCACCUAGCAUCUAAAAGAACCAACUCUAUAGAUGACGUAUUUCACAGUUUGGGUAAAGAGGACCACAGGCAACUCCCCCCAGCCUCUCCCAGAAAUGGGUCGGCAGGACUGACCUCUCUUCCUCCUCUCUCCGGCCCCUCCUUACCUCCAGCACCCACCGCACACCUCCCCACCAUGGGCCUGCAGCCUUUCCCGAAGAUGGCCGCUCCAGACUUUGUGGAGCCCGGUCAGGACCUGUGCCACCCACCUACAGAGGCUGCUGCACCCUCAGUGGAUGGCUCUGUCAGCGCUGCUCCCAGUAUCUGCAGUGAUCCUGACUGUGAGGGUCAUCGCUGUGAAGGAAACGGCUCCUACGAGCACCGGCCGUAUGAUGGAGAGGAGAGUCAGGAUGAAGACAGCUGCUCUGAGCACAGUUCAUCCACCUCCACCUCCACCAACCAGAAGGAGGGAAAGUACUGUGACUGCUGCUACUGCGAAUUCUUCGGACACGGAGGGCCACCAGCCGCUCCGACUAGUCGUAACUAUGCAGAGAUGAGGGAGAAGCUACGCUUGCGUCUAACCAAGCGUAAGGAGGAGCAGCCCAAGCGGGAAGAGCAGCAGCCACCAAUAGAAAGAGAUGUGGGGGUGGAAGACCACAGGCGGGUGGAGGACCUGUUGCAGUUCAUCAACAGUGCUGAUAGUAAACCUGCUUCCAGUUCAAAGGCAGCCAAAAGGGCACGGCAUAAACAAAAGAAGAUGGAGGAAAAGGCUCGUUUGGAAGCAGAGGCCCGUGAGAGGGAGGAGCAACAGCUGCUGGAGGAGCAGCGGCGGCGGCAGGAAGAGGAAGAGGCGGCACUUCAAAAAGAACUGCUACGGCUGCAGGAGCUGCAGCAGCACCGCGCUGCCAAGAAGAAAAAGAAAGACAAAGCAAAGGAAAACACUGCUCCUCCUCCACCCAACAACCCCCAACCCCUCAAACAGACGGCUCAGAAUGUCCUAGAUAACCUCCAGAACGGAAAGUCUCAGCUGCUCAAAACUCUUAUACGUCUCCCAGACCAGAAGGAACCCAGAUUAGACCCCUUAUCCCAACCCAACAUGCAGCACAACCCAAAACGGCCCAUCGAAAAAGGCCUUUCCAAUGAGUCCAACUUUCCCAAGUCCACAGUUUCCUUCCACAACGGAACACCCUCUCUUGAAAUGAGCUGUAAAAUGAAGGUCAAGCAAGCUUUGAAAGCACCUCCUUGUGAGGCGGCUUUAAAGAGAGCCUCAGAGUUUCCCAAGUCCUACGAUGAGACGGCAAAGUUAGAAAAUGGCAUAGCCACAACGGCGGACACCAAAGCGAAGCGAAUCAGGCCCACCGAGACUCUCGCGCCACUUCCAAGCAUUCAAGCUCACAAGGAGGAAAAAAGCAACAGGAGUACCAGUGGAAAAAGGCAGCAACAACAAUCCCUAACAAAGGAGUGCAGGGCAAGUCCCCCAGUAUCAAACCCUUCACCUUCUCCCCCUCCAGCCUCUCACUCAGAGCAGAACGGCAAGCCCUCCAAUGCAGAGUCACCGCAGCCCAAGGGAAAGGCUAAGAAAAGCAAGAAGAAAAAGGGAGACAAGAUGAAUAGCUCAAUAGACGAUGUAUUCUUGCCCAAAGACAUUGACCUGGACAGCACUGAAAUGGACGAAACGGAGAGGGAGGUGGAGUAUUUUAAACGGUUUUGCUUGGACUCUGCCCGGCAGACGCGUCAAAGACUCUCCAUCAACUGGUCCAACUUCAGUUUGAAGAAAGCUACAUUUGCUGCGCAUUGAGGGUGUUCCUUACAUCAGGGCUCACAUCAGUACCUUAAAUGCUAUACAGACUCAUUCAUCCCUGUUCCUUUACCUCCUACUUGUUGUCCCAGAACUCUUGCUCCUGCUCCGCUCAAACACCCACGCUGCCUUGCUUUGUUCUUCUCCCUAUGUGGUUAUAACACAGAUCCACUGGACUGAGCCACGUGCAAAAAGUGAAAUGACACGAAAAAGAAUCACAAAAUCCUUCUUUAAACCUGAUCAAAUUCCCUUGCGUGCUUGUGUGCUUUUAGUCUAAUUUGAGCUCUUGACUCAGAAAAAAGCCAUUGUCUGAAAGAAUUCUCAUCUUUGUUCAAAAGAUGCUUACUGUGUCUGGAUUAAUUCCUUCUGGGUAAAAAAAAAAGAAAAGAGAUAAAAAAAAAUAAAUAUGGAAACUGCAAAAAAUUAAAAGAAUAUAUUGAAUUAAAAGAUUUAUUUGAGAUAUUGUGGCUUACUAUCCCGUCGUUCUUAGCACAACAUCUGAUCCACACAAUUUACAAGGGAAUCCCAUACCUUCCCAACACCCGUCACCAACACCCUGCACCCCGUUUCAGAAAAGGGAGGAAGCCCCAGAUACUUGACAAUGUUGUUUGGUUUUAAGCUGUUGAACAAACUGUUGAGUAAAAGUGCAUCAGUUAUGGUUUUUUUUCUUUAUUUUUCAUCUGUAGCCGGCUUGUAUCAGAAUCCUUUCAGAAUGAAAUUGAAAGCAACUAUACUUACACCGUCAGUCUGUUAUAGAGUGUAUAUUGUAUUAACACUGAAGCCAAACUGGCUACUUUUAACAUAUUGUUAAGUAAUAUUAAAUCUUGUCUUUCUUUUUUGAAAGAUGGAAUAGUA